AUGAAAUAUUUCUUUAAAUCAAUAUGUAUUAUAUUUAUUUUUUUAUGGUUUUUAAUUAUAUCAUCUUUUAUUUUAUCUGAUAAACCAACAGAUUGCUCAACAUCAUCUGUUGGCUAUUUUCCUUCAUCAGUUCGAAUCCCUGCCAGUGUUUAUAAUUUAUCCCAAUUAAUUGUAAAGAAUAAUAUCAAUGUACCAGUAAUUCCAACUGAAAUAUUUGAUCCAAAUUUAAAUGUCUUAAGUGUACGUGUAAGUCGAUUACGUUCAAGUGGUUCAGCAACAUUCAUUAUUACAAAAGAAAAAGAAAUAUUAAAUUUAGAUUUUUGGUGUUUAUUUGAUGAUCAAUCAAUAACUCCAGUAUAUACAAUUAAUGUUGAAAAAUCUAAAAAAUCGAUUUCUUUUUUCGAAUGUUCACUUCCAGAUUCAAUAAUUCAACGUUUAUGGUAUAAUCGAAUAAUAGAUCAAGAAAUAAAAAUUUAUCUUUCUACAACAAAAAAAAUUCUUUUUCAAGGUUUUCUUGAUCUUCCAUGGUCAAAUUGGAUAGAACAAAAUGAACAAUCAUUAACACUAUGUACUCUUUCAUUAUAUUAUGAUUUAACAUAUUUUACUCAAUGGAUUGAAUAUCAUCGUUUAGUUGGUAUUAGUAAAUUUGUUAUUUAUAAUAUUUCAAAUAUGAAUAAUCAAUUUUAUUCUAUAAUUAAUUUUUAUGAUGAAGAAUAUCCUAGUUUAAUUGAUAUUAUUCAAUGGAAUAAUUCUAUUGAUGAAAUUCAAUAUGAUUGUUUUUUACAUUAUGGAGAUAUUUCUGAAUGGAUAACAAUUAUUAAUAUAAAUGAAUAUUUAAUUCCACAAAUUCCUUAUGAUACUCUUCCAAAAUUAUUAACGGAACAAUAUGGUAGAAAUUUACAAACUGUCGUUAUAUUAGAAAAUCAAGAAUUUUGUUCUAAUAUUGAAUAUCAAGUUACAAAAAAUGAAAUCAUAAUCGAACAUUAUACUUCACGACAUACAAUUUCAAAUUAUUCAGUCAAAUAUUUGUAUCAACCUCGUACUAUUAACUAUUUAUCAAUCCAUCGAGAUAAUAUAGAAACAAAAUCCUAUGAUCAAAUAAAGAAAACCAUCAUACUUGCGCAAUAUCCAAUCAUAGAACAUGACAAAACAUUUUUAAAUUGUGUAUUGGAUAGAUUUGUGAUAGACACAACGAUCCGAGAUCGAUUUGCUAAACGUUUAUUUGAUGAAAUCGAUAAAUAG